AUGAUGAAGACUGUUUUCGCCCUCCUUGCCCUUUUCGCCAGCGCUUCUGCGUUCGCCCCCGUGAGCCAAAACUUGGCCAAGCAAGCCGUGGCUCCUCUUUCCAUGGCCAUGCAAAGCCCUGAAUUCAAGAAGGGUGCUCUUGCCACUCUUGCUGGAUUCGUCCCUGCUUCUCUCAUGUCGACCGCUGCUGUCGCCACUGAAGGAACCGGAGAAUGGUUCGGAGUUGAUGAUCUUCGUCUGUUGGGAGUUCUUUUCGUUGUUCACUGGGGCAUCCUUGCUUUGUGGCUUCAACAGUUCGGAGAAGCCGACGAGGAAGACGACUUCUUUGGAGAAAUUGACUACACUGGAGUCAAGAAGUAA